AUGAGGAUCUUUGAAUCUAGGAGACCAAUAAAUAUACCACCGGAAUUGCAAGAUACGCCUCAAUCCACCCCACAAUUCUCACUAAUUGAGAUUUCCACUUCACUUAAAAAACUUGGAAAUCAUAAAGCCCCUGGCCCAGAUAAUAUUACUAGUGAACAUCUCAAAGCGACAAAAACUGCUGAUUGGAAUCUUUCCACCCUUUGCAACUUCCCCAAAAUCUCAAAUCCCACUAAAUUCGGUGACUAUAGGGCAAUAGCACUCAAGAUUCGUAUUCUGCAAACUUCACAAAACCUCUUUGCCAAAUAUAUUUGCGCUUAUCGCCCUGGCAAAAAUAUCAUGGAGCCCUUUCUUGCUCUCAAAAUUAUCAUCCAAAAAUGUGAUAGGUAUAAGCUACCCUUCUACUUAACCUUUAUCGAUUUUAAACAGGCGUUCGAUAAUGUCAACCAUGAUGCACUCUGGAAAACAUUAUCAGAGGUUGGAAUUGACCCAAAUAUUAUCAAGAUAUUACGACACCACUAUAAUAAUCUGUUUGCCACUUGCAGAGUAAACAAUAAAGUUUCUUCACCAUUUAGGAUUAGGAAAGGAGUAAAACAAGGCUGCGUCCUUUCACCAGUCCUCUUUAUCAUAGUAAUGAACAAAAUUCUAAAAGACACAUUGGGCGCGGCUAAUCUACUGGAACUUAACACAUCAAUGACAAGACCCACGCCUCCUAUAGAAAAUAUUGAUAUCGGAUCGGAGACGAUCAAGGUGGUUACUCAAAUAAAAUAUAUUGGAAUUACCUUAGAUAAUAGAGGGGGAUGUAAAGAGGAACUCAGGUUAAGAUUACAAAAAGCCAGGGCAGCUUUCUAUAAGUAUUUCAAGCUUUGGAAGACUAGAGAGAUUCCUACCUUCACUAGACUACGCAUCUUUAAUUCAACGGUGAUUCCUGUUCUAUUAUAUGGUUAUGAAACAUGGGAAAUCACUAAAGCAAACAACAGAAAAUGCCAGACGUUUAUUAACAAGUGCUUAAGGAUAAUUAACGGCGUCUUCUACCCUAGACUCAUAACAAACGAAAGAUUAUGGAGACAAUCGAAACACACUCCGUUCCACAUUAUACUCAAGAAAAAACGAAUUCAAUUUUUAGCCCACAUUUUAAGAUAUCCUAACAGUAAUCUGGUUCAUGACGCUUUAACUUGGCUCUUUACCUGUAGAGGUAAAUCAUACAGCAGAUACAAGACGUUAUGGUUUCACCGCGUUUUGAAAGAUGUUGAUGAUCUGAAUAUAAACUGGAAACAGUUCGUUAGAUUGAAUAACAAUAAAAAUUCUAUCUAA